AUGCCAGCCGCCAAAGCCGAAGAAAAGGGCGAGUCCUCGACUACUGCUACCAAAUCAGCCCUUUCUGCCUCUACAAAUGGAGCCCCCAAUUAUGAGCUGCCAUGGCAAUAUCGUCCCGUCUUCCUCGACGAUGUUGUCGGCAACACCGAAACGAUUGAACGACUAAAAAUCAUUGCCAAAGAGGGCAACAUGCCGCACGUCAUCAUAUCCGGCAUGCCUGGUAUCGGCAAGACGACGAGCGUGCUCUGCCUGGCGCGUGAGCUCUUGGGCGAGUCGUAUAAGGAGGCUGUCCUCGAGCUCAACGCCAGUGAUGAGCGCGGCAUUGACGUUGUGCGCAACCGAAUCAAGGGCUUUGCGCAAAAAAAGGUGACGCUGCCGCCCGGCCGCCACAAGCUCAUCAUCCUCGACGAGGCCGACAGCAUGACAUCGGGCGCGCAGCAGGCUCUGCGGCGCACCAUGGAAAUCUACUCCAACACGACACGGUUCGCCUUUGCAUGCAACAUGUCCAACAAGAUCAUCGAGCCCCUCCAAUCCCGAUGCGCCAUCCUCCGCUACGCCAAGCUCACCGACGCGCAGGUCGUCAAGCGGCUGCUGCAGAUCAUCGAGGCCGAAAAGGUGGAAUACAGCGACGACGGGUUGGCCGCGCUUGUCUUUAGCGCUGAAGGCGAUAUGCGACAAGCCAUCAACAACCUGCAGUCGACCUAUUCUGGGUUCGGCUUCGUCUCGGGCGACAACGUCUUCAAAGUGGUGGACUCGCCGCAUCCGAUCAAGGUGCAGGCGAUGAUCAAGGCCUGCUACGAGGGCAACGUCGACUCGGCACUCGACGCGCUGCGUGAGUUGUGGGACCUCGGAUACUCGAGCCACGACAUCAUCAGCACUAUGUUCAAAGUCACCAAGACGAUUCCGACGCUGAGCGAACAUUCAAAGCUCGAGUUCAUCAAGGAGAUUGGCUUCACGCACAUGAAAAUUCUCGAGGGCGUGCAGACGUUGCUGCAGCUGAGCGGCUGCGUAGCGGAGGCUGUGGUCGGCCUCAAUCAUGCCGCCGAGCACCAUGGCGGACAUUUGCACGAACCUGGCGCCGAUUAG